GUCAGCUCGUUCAGUCGCUGUUGAACUUGCGCCGCGUUAAGUUGUAUUUAGCGCGCAUCGUGGAACUUGCGCGUUGUAUUUUUUUAAGUUAGCGCACAUAUUUAAGUGACCGCGCUGUGCUUAUUAGCCAAACGUUUGUAGAGGCAUAUUUAAUUUGAUCUGGCAACGCGCCGUCAAGCAGCUAAUUUAAACUUUAGUGCGAUCACUCCAGCGUUAGUCAGCGCGCGCGCGUUCACUAUAUUAAUACAACGCGGCGCGUUCUCUAUAAUCAUACAGAGCGGAGUGGCGCGGUAGCAGCAGCAGCGUCAACGUCAGUCAAGCGUUCACUUUUCUUGCUUGCAGUGCGCUUACUACUUGCCAGCCACUAGCGGCGCCUUCAGUAUAUUUUAGACGCGCGCAGCUAAUAGACGUACUGCACAGUAAGCACAACUCGCGCGCGCGUUCGCUAUACUUAACGGCAGUGUGAGUAAGCACACAGUGGUGGCAACAAUUUUGCGCUCCGUAUAUUUUUGGUACAAAUACAAAUAAUCUUGUGUACAAUGGAUAAUUUGAGCGUAUUUAGCAAUUCGAUUUACUCAUCACGCAGCGCGUCUACGCGGUAACGUCAUCAGCAAGGAACUUGCGCGUUACACAUACAAUUGUAGAAUAUACCCGGUGUGUCGCGCUUAUUAGCUGCUCGCUUGCGAUCGGCAGUGCUUUUGGGGAGCGCGUUAUAAAAAUACCGUUGUGAUGCCAUGCGUUGUUGUGGGGCAUAUAUGCUGAUGCGCGCUGAGCGAUAGAUAUACUCAAACUACAAUGAGAAUGCGUUGCUGCGUCGUCGUGCAUAGCUGUGGACAAUUCUGAUAAUUGGAUAUUUUUAGAUUGCAUGUGAAUUUCAAACGGUAGCGAGCAGCAACAGCAGCAAGAAAAGCAAAAAAAUAUUACAAAAACAAGCAAGAAUUUUAAGUUCCAAAUCAGCAGUCAGUCAGUCGGUGUAUGUGUGUGCGCUGUGUAUAAUUGUUAAAAUUAGUGAAUUUUGAUUAGCUGAUUUGCUGCUGGCGGCAGUACGACAUUGAUUUCCUCGCGUGCAGCUAGCACGGAAAUCUAGAACAGUUAACGUGUGACUGAGUGAUUGGAGGAAGCGGUGAACAACAGCGCGGUGGGUGAUAGAUUUAUGGCGAUAGAAUUAAAUAUAUAUUUUAUAGAGGAAAAAAUAUAGAGAAAAUUGCUCAAUUAAAAGUGCAAAUACAACAACAACAAAUGUGGAAAAUACAACAACAAAUGGAAAAAUUUUGAAUAGGAAAUUUUUCAAAAAAAAAACUAUAAAAAUCAAUAAAGAAAAUAAAUAAACAAUAGUAAAUACAACAAAUACUCACUAAAAAGAAAAGAACAACAAACAAAGCAAAUUAAAAAAAAUAAAAACUAAUUAAAAAAAUGUAAAAAAAAUAAAAGAGAGUAAAUAACAACAAAUACUCAAUAAAAAAUUAAACCAACAACAACAAGUAAAAUAAGAAAAUUCUAUUGGAAAAAAUUCCAAAAACAAAAAACUAAAUCAAUCAGAAAUAAAAGUAAUAUCUAAUAAAUAAACCAACAACAACAACAAAACUUCCGAAUUUCAAUCAAUCCUAUAAUAAAAUUAAAAAAAAAACAACAAAAAAUCGAAAUUUUCUUAAAAAAUUUCCGCCAUUUCAUUUGAUGAACUUCAAUAAAAGGAAAUAAAAAUAUCCCGCGGCUACAUAGUGAGUGAGUGAUUGCAUUGCAUUGCUGGUGAAGACAGCCGCAUAGACCACAUACAUACAUACAUACGAGUGCAUGCAUGCGUAGGAUUUUUCCCCCAGCAACACAACAAGUGACUGAGUGAUUUAUUAGUCAACGGCUGUCAGACGCUCCAGGAGUACUUGCAGUUGUACACAAGGAAAGAAAUAUCUCCCCCACAAAAUCUCCAGUGCUCAAACCAUAAUGCACGAUUAUACGACAUUACUUGGCAGCAGUCAGCGCGCUGUGGACGAGGGUAAAUGCAGUAAAACGGGUAGCCGCAAGGAGAAAUAUGCGCUGCGCGAACGCCAAAAGCGGAGACUUGGCUUGGCGAGUGUGGUCGAAAUGCCGAAACGUUCAAACCACAGAGAUGAUAUGGAAACGACCACAGGACAGCAGCGUACACAACAAAGCAGCACAGCGUCCAAAUCGAAAGCACCGCCGCUCAGCAAAUAUCGACGGAAAACCGCUAAUGCGCGCGAACGUACACGCAUGCGUGAAAUCAAUACCGCAUUCGAGAAUUUGCGACAAUGUGUGCCGCCGAGCAUUGCAGUCGAUGAGGCGGGACCGACCAAUGAGAAACUCACGAAAAUCACAACAUUACGUUUAGCCAUGAAGUAUAUAGAUUUGCUGACUGACGUGCUGCAUAAUCCAGACUUUAAAGGUGAAUUACCGUUAGACUUUUUAUGUGCCAGUGAGGAAACAGCAGUGAUAAAUGAACUAACAACAGCAGCGCCAACCUUGAAAGUCGAAGCCAAAAGUGCUGUAACAUCAAAGAGUAGCAAGGCAGCAAAUAAAGCGACAACAGCUCACAAAACGAAAAGUGCUGCGCCUGCAAAGACACCAAAACGUUUGGGCAAGCGAAAAAAGAAAGAUGUAAAGCCAGCAACUGGUACACAGCCCAGCAAACGCAAUACAAAGUCGGCGCAGUGUCGUACUGCAACACAAUCAAGCACAGCGUCCUCGUCAAUAUCUUCCUCAUCAUUUGUUACCUGCAGUGGCGAUUCACUCUCAUCACACUCCUCGAGUUUCCUCGACAGCAUAACCAGUCCAAGUUAUUUGACUAGUUUCGUGCCCGCUAUGUCCGAGCUAAAUAGCCUGACGCUCGAAUCCGAUGGCGAAUCACUGCAUCUUUCGGAUCCCUGCAACAGUCCUUUGCAAGACAAAUACGACAGACUCUUUGGCACUGGCGCUUUGAAUACCCGCACGUCGGCAGAACAAACAAUUUUAGGUGAUAUCGACACGCCGCUUGAGUUGAGCUUACAAUUCCUUGGUACAACGCCUGGUCCACUCGACUUUUCGCUGGAGCAGCCGCCGACGACAUGCAUUAGUCCGCUAGUGGCUUUGGACUCAUUCAAUCCGUUUAGCGAUUUUCUGCAUGAUUAUCCAGAACAGGCAUCAUUGGACCUGUUUCUAACAUAACACCAUCGUUCAGUGGGACCUUUCGCCUUACAUUUUACUAGUAUCUAACUUAGUUCGAAUUUGCUUCAAGUGCUCCAGUGAGCUUUAUCACUAUUCACAUUUCACGUGGCCAUCACUAGUAUUUCACAUUAUUUUCUUACAACAUAAUUUAAUAUUCGUUGCUUAUUUUAAUAAAAAAAAUUCAUACAUAUAUAAUGCAUUUAAUCAAACAGUACUGAACGAGUGCGUGUUGAACUCAAAUACUUACUUGAGUAAAAAAUUAUCUGUAAUAAUGCAUUACUCUUACAUCGCUAUUUUAUGGAGUUGACUGUACUUUUUAACUAUUUUUUGUAUUUUUUUAUCCUCUUUAAGAAAUUAAGUUAACACUUUGAGAUUGUUUUUGUAUGUUAGGUAAAAGAAGAUUAUUGUAAACAUUUUCUAUGGAAAUAUUUAUUUUUUAUUAACAAAAUAUUCUUUAUAAUUGUUGAUUUUUUAUUAAUAUAAUAUAUACACAAGAUAUUAAAGCAGACAA